AUGGACACCAGUACGCAGAAUGCGUUGCAGGGCUGCGUGUCUUCGCUUCAGUCGAGUAUGCAACUGUUAGAGUCGAGCAUUAACAUUCUGGACUCCGGAGUGAGCGAUUACCCACGGCUUGGGAAGGUGUUGCAGACGACGAGGCACUUCGAACUCGUCUCCGAACACGACCUCACAACCGCACAAUCGACACUCCUAUCCGAAAUCCAGCCCGAAGUCUCCAACCUCCUCUCCCGUGUCGAGACGUCCCUGGACAAACUCGAACGACGAGAGAAAUCGCUCAUAGCAAAAGCAGAGUUGCAGGAGGGUCGACUCGCGCAGCCAUCACGAGUCAGUCAAGGGAGCAAAAGCCCAGCACGGAAUACCAGUGGGGCUGGCGGAUCGAACAAUCUGGAAGAGUUGAAGAUGCAGCAACUGCGACAGAAGAAAGAGCGUUUGAGUUAUGCGGUGGGGAGGUUGGAGUUGCAGGCGAGCCAGCGGCAGAGGCAGUUGAGGAAGAGUAUGGCUGUGAAUGACAGUGGAUUUUGA